AUGCUUGCUCGUUUACGUCUGUAUAUUUUGCCUCUCACAUAUAAAAAUCUUGCUAUAACCAUUUCUCUUUCACUCUCUCUCUCUCUCUCUUUCCCUUUCAAUCUCUCUCACUCUUUCCCUUUAAUUCUCUCUCUCUCUCUCUUUCCCUUUCAAUCUUUCUCACUCUUUCCCUUUCACUCUCUCUCUCUUUCCCUUUCACUCUUUCCCUUUCAAUCUCUCUCACUCUUUCCCUUUCAUUCUCUCUCUCUUUUUCUUUCUUUCUCUCUCUUUCCCUUUCCUUCUCUUUCUCUCUUUUCUCUCUCUCUUUCUUUUUUCCUCUCUCUCCUCUUUCUCUUUCCCUUUUCAAUAUUUUCUCUCUUUAUCUCUCUCUCUCUCUUUCUCUUUUCCUCUCUCUCUUUCCCUUUCCUCUCUCUCUCUCUUUCUUUUUCCUUUCCUCUAUCCUUUUCAUUCUCUCUCUCUCUUUCCUUUCUCUCUCUCUCUCUCUUUCUUUCUCUCACUCUCUCUCCUUAUUCCCUUUCACUCUCUCUCCUCUUUCCCUUUCCUCUCUCACUCUUUCUCUUUCUCUCUCUCUCUUUCUCUUUCCUCUCUCUUUUUCUUUCUUUUUCCUUUUCUCUCUCUCUUUCCCUUUCACUCUCUCUCUCUUUCCCUUUCACUCUCUCUUUUACCUUUUCACUCUCUCUCUCUUUCUUUCCCUUUCACUCUCUCUCUUUCUUUCCCUUUCACACUCUCUCUUUCCCUUUCACUCUCUCUCUUUCUUUCCCUUUCACUCUCUCUCUUUCUUUCCCUUUCACUCUUCUCUCUUUCCCUUUCACUCUCUCUCACUCUCUCUCUCUCACUCUCUCUUUCUCUUUCGCUUUCUCUCUCUUGUAA